CAGACACUCCCCAUGUCCUGAAACCAAGAACCUAAAAUAAUAGAAAAUUCCUAUAAUCUUUCCAGGGUAGUUUGGUCAAGUUACAAGCUUAAUUUUCAUGGACCACCUUGCAUCACCACAUCAUCAAUGGCAUCCUUCUGUAAUUAUGUUCAAUCUUGAGUGUUUUUAUGUGACGAUACUUGUACAUAUAUGUACAUAUGUGGAGAGACAAGAACAAGAUUGUUCAGGUCCCGGACUCUUUCUUUCUUGCUUUCUUCCUGGUUUUUUUUCUUGAUUUCAGUGUUUUGCAGAGGUAAAAGAGUGAGAAAAGCUAAGACCCAAGAAGGCUAAGUUGGUUUUUUGCAGCCUUUUUUUGGGUUGGAUUUACUUUGAAGGAAAAGUUGAUCAUUCUUGGGCAUUUUAUUCUAUUGAAGAACAAGCAAGCAACUUUGAAGAUUAAGCAAAGGUUAGAGGUCUGGUGCUCAAGCAUACCAAAGCAUUAUUUACAUUUGGAAUUGCUAAUAGCUGUUCAGGGACCCUCAGAACAAGAAGACAUGAGUCUUUUGUAUAGUCCUAGUUUCAACUACCAAGAUGGAGAAUUGAGAAGGAAUCAAGAACUCAUGGAUUUGAAUCACCAUAAUUAUCAUCAAGAGCAACACCAGCAUAAUUCAGGCCUAAUGCGUUAUCGGUCAGCACCAAGCUCAUUUAUUGAGAGCCUUGUCAAUGGCACCAGUGGCCAUGGGGGUAAUGGUGGCGGCGGUGGCAUUGAAGUCGAAGAUUCUCAGUAUUUCCGACCUUCGAGCCCUGAGAUGGAUGCAAUGUUGGCAAGAUUUAUGUCAACAUAUAAUGGUUCAGGGGAUUCCAAUUCUCAGAAUUUGAAAGAAUAUGGAGAAAGACCAGCAAUGAAGCAAGAAAUGGAUGAUUCACAAAUGGUUUAUCAAAGUUCACCAGUCAAUAAUUUGGCUAAUAAUGGAAAUUCUGUGGAUGUCAGCAAUUCUCUGGAUAGCACUUUCGGUGUUAUGAAUUCAAUGGCUCUGGAGAAAUCUAUGCAGGCUUCAAAGAUGAGUACUGUGAAUGGAUCCAAUCUUGUUAGGCAAAACAGCUCUCCAGCUGGAUUUUUCUACAACCUAGGCGUUGACAAUGGCUUCACUGUAACAGAAGAUGUGGGUGGUUUUCGAGCUUGCAAUGGCUUGAAUGGAGAAGCUAAUCCAUCAAAUAGUAGGUUAAGCAAUCAUCUAAAUUUCCCUUCAGGGCAGAGGCUGUUGCCUCAGAUUGCUGAAAUUGGAGAUGAAAACCCUGGUACAAGUAGUCCUGAAGGGAACACUAGAAAGAGACAGUACAUGAAUUUUGCAAAUGACACAUGGGAUGAUUCUUCAUCGAAUGACUUUAAGCGGUUUAGAAGUAAUGAUGAGAAUGUGUUUUCUGGCCUAUACAUGAUGGGCAAUCAGAGUGAGAAUUCUGGAAAUCGCGUGACGGGUUUGACUCACCACCUGAGCUUGCCUAAGACAGCUGCAGAGAUGGCUACCGUAGAGAAGUUUCUGCAAUUUCAAGGUUCUAUUCCCUGCAAGAUUCGAGCGAAAAGGGGCUGCGCUACUCACCCUCGAAGCAUCGCAGAGAGGGUAAGAAGAACACGAAUUAGUGAAAGAAUGAGAAAACUGCAAGAUCUUUUCCCAAACAUGGACAAGCAAACUAGCACAGCUGAUAAGUUAGAUUUAGCAGUUGAGUACAUUAAAGAACUUCAAAAACAGGUCGAGACCCUCAAAGAUACUAGAGCAAAGUGCAUGUGUUCUAGUAAACAGAAACAGUAUUCAAAUUCUUCUGCUUGAUUUGUUUCUGUACGUAUAGCAGCUAGGAAAAUGGGAAAGACUGAGAAGAGUAACUAGCUACUUAAUUGUUAAUUUAAUGUAGAAGAAUAGGAGAUUGUGAUGCUGCAUUGUUCACUUUAACUCGUCUUAUCGAUGAAUCUCUUUCUGAAAAAAAAUUAAAUCAGAUCCUCCUGUACUGUAGGAUUCUUCAAGAAGAUAGGUUGCUUAGCAAAUAUUUAUGUUGUAAUUUCUUGGAUGUAAAUGUCAGUUGUGUUUUGUAA